AUGCCUUUCACCGCAAGCGAUCUCUGCAAGAUGGUCUUCGCCGUCAUCCUCCCGCCUCUGGGUGUCUUCCUCGAGCGCGGAUGCGAUUCCAGCUUCCUGCUCAACAUCCUUCUCACCAUCCUCGGCUACAUCCCCGGCAUCGUUCACGCGCUUUACAUUAUCUGCAAAUACUAA